CCCUCUCAUAUGCGUCCGAGCUUACCUGAUAGUUAUCGAUUCCCUCAGGUGUCAGAACCACUAUCUCCGCAUUCGGUCAAUCACCUCGGAAAAUGCAGGCCCGCGGCCGGUUCCGAGAUGUCUUGAAGAUGUUGCGCGAUCUAAGGACCCUUGGUGGGGUAAAGGUAACGAUAUAGAAUGAGGCCACCCCGCUGGUUGCUCGUGUGCUCCAUACGCUUUCUGUACACAACUUCAAUUGAAGCCUUGAAUUGAGACCUUGAAACUUCAAUCACUACUACCUCAUACAACAGCCCAUCAUGGCAGCCACAUCAGCCCAUAGCAUUCCCGCCGACCAGAUCGACUCGACAUUCAAGUCGAACUACACUGACCUCAUCUCUGCCCCCCUCGGCUCGAAAAUCGUCUCCUUCAGCGACGAAUGGUUCGCCGCCGCCUCAAACCUCAUCACCAAAACCGCACCCAUCAGCCGUCCUGGCGUCUUCGUGCACUCGGGCGCCUGGUACGACGGCUGGGAGACGCGGCGCCACAACACCGAGCCCGCUGACUGGGUCGUGAUCCGCCUCGGCACGGCCUCCGGAAAAGUCGCGGGCGUGGAAAUCGACACCGCCUUCUUCAACGGGAACCACGCGCCCGAGAUCGCCGUUGAAGGCGCGUUCGCCGAGUCUGAUGAGGAGGUCGCGAAGCCAGGGUACAGUGGUUGGGAGACGGUGCUGAGCAAGCAGGAGUGCGGACCCAGCCAGCGCCACGGAUGGCUGCUCGACCAGAUCACCGAGAAAGCAUACACACACGUCCGUCUGCUCAUGUACCCCGACGGCGGCAUCGCGCGCUUCAGACUGUACGGCAACGCGGUCCCCGUCUUCCCGGCCGACACAUCCGCCAUCUUCGAGCUCAGCGCGACCGUCAUGGGCGGCGUCGCCACAGCCUGCUCGGACCAGCACUUCGGCACCAAGGACAACCUCCUCCUGCCUGGUCGCGGAAAGGACAUGGGCGAUGGGUGGGAAACCAAACGUACACGCGGUGAGCAUGUUGACUGGACCAUCGUUCGCUUAGGUGCAGCCGGCGAGAUUGACCAUGUUGUGAUUGACACGGCGCAUUUUCGCGGGAACUUCCCGCAAAAGGUGCAGGUCUUUGCCGGUGCCUUUGAGACGGAUCCGAGCCAUGAUGAGCCUGGCUGGACGGAGGUGCUGAGCCCGCAAAAGAGCGGGCCGGAUGUGGAGAUCAAGUAUCAGAGUGAACUGAGCAAUGUGCAGGGGAAGAAGUAUACGCAUGCCAAGUUGGUCAUUCUUCCUGAUGGCGGUGUCAAGAGGUUCCGCGUCUUCGGCAAGAGGGUUUGAGCAUGUAGGGCAUAACACGAGUUGGCGCGACAUGGACAAAACGAUGCCUACACCGCAAUACAAGACUGAGCAUGCAAGCAGGAACCUAUGUUGUGAGAUUGGGUUUUGUUGAGUUCAAAAAGUCGUAAGAAUUCAAAGGGUAUCUAAAGUACAAAAGGCUCCAACGAUCAAUCUUGCUAUCCAAGAUGACUCCAACUCCUCACAAGGAUAUACACAGAUGCCAAAAGAACGUGGUCA